AUAACAUUGUAUCGAUACGAAAGAAUAUUCCAAACGGUUAAAAAGAAACGCUGGACUAUUAAAAAAAAAUCUCACUAGAAUAGGAAGAGGAAAAAUAAAACGACAAGGUCAUAAAAUGCGUAUAUUUUCCAUUUUCGGCACGGCUUUGGUCGUCGUCUGUAUCGGUUUAAAAUAUCAGCCAAUCGACGCUAAACCAUUUAUCAUCCAAAAGUUCAUAGGCUUCAACAAUGCAGGCAAUUCUACAUUUGGUGGCCGGCUAACCUCAGCAGCACAGGGUAUUUUCACCAGUAUUAUUACCACUAAAAUUCAAGCCAUUACACAGGCUUUGACCACGGGCUUGAGCUCUGCCAGUUCAGGUUCCAGCGGUGGUUUUGGUGGUUUGGGAGCAAAGACAAGUCUAUUCACCAAUCUUUUGAGUACAAAAUUAGGAGGAGGUGGCAGUAGCCAUAGUUCCAGCUCCAGUUCAUACAGCAGUAGCAGUUCCAGUUCUAGUGGUGGUUUCGGUCUGGGUGCCAAAACUGGUUUAGCCACAAGUCUGAUAAGCAGUAAAUUAGGUUCAGGUUCCUCCAGUUCCCACAGCUCAUCGGGUAGUUCCGGUGGUGGUUUGGGUUUAAUUACUAAUUUGGCAACUGGUGUUAUUAGCAGUAAAUUGGGUGGUGGUGGAAGUUCCAGUUCGAGCUCCAGCUCAUACAGUAGUAGCAGUUCCAGUGGCGGUUUUGGUUUAAGUGCCAAAACUGGUAUAGCCACAAGUCUGAUAAGCAGUAAAUUAGGUUCUGGUUCCUCCAGCUCAUCGAGUAGUUCCGGUGGAGGCCUAGGAUUGAUUACCAAUUUGGCAACGGGAGUUGUUAGCAGUAAAUUGGGUGGUGGAGGUUCAAGCAGUGGCGGUGGGAUAUUGGGUGGAUUUAUUGGUGGAGCAACAGGUACAGCUACAACAACAACGACUACCACAACAACCACCAAGGCUACUACAAAAGCGCCGACUACAACAGCCACUACCACAACAAAGGCCCCCGAAGUUACCACCACCUCAGGCACUGCAGAUUUAGGAGAGGACCUUUUUGCUACCACGACUGAAAAGAGUGGGAGUUCUAGUUCAGGUUAUUCCUAUAGUACCACAGAAGCUCCUGAGAUAACGACCAGGAGACCAGAAACUGGAAGUGCUCUGUUAAAUGCUGCUAUUGCCGCUUCCACCAUUGAUGACGAUGAUGAUAAAGACAAAGAUUCCGAGGAUAAUCAAGGUAAUGGUCCUGUAACAACAACUACCAGUACUACUUCGGGAACUACCACAACAACCAGUGGGGGUUCUGUUGGCAGUGGAAUUGUUUUCCCCGGCAACAAGGAAACAACAACUACCACUACAACAACAACCACAUCCUUGCCAACUGAUAAAGCUGGAGUAGAUGGCACCCAAGAAUCUUCAUCAGCUGGAAAUUCCGACUCAGGCUAUAGCUAUACCACUACCACUCAAAGCUCUGGAGAAAAGGACGAUGGUAAGGCAACUACCUCUGGUGGCAAUUCAGGAUAUAGUUACACCACAACUACCCAAACUUCCACUACGGGAACUUCUGGCUUAGGAGGUAAUCAAGGUACCUCUUCUGGCGGAAAUUCCGACUCUGGAUAUAGUUACACCACUACUCAAAGCUCGACAGGAACGGAUUCGGAUAAGGGGACCACAGCUGGGGGAAAUUCCGGCUAUAGUUACACCACAACUACCCAAACUUCCACCACAGAUAAUGCCGGUGCAGGAGGUAAUCAAGGUGGAAAUUCCGGCUCUGGAUAUAGUUAUACUACAACGGAAACCUCGGAAGAUAAGGACGGCGUUAAGGGGACCACAACUGGAGGAAAUUCGGGAUAUAGUUAUACCACCACUACCACUAAAACUUCUACCUCGGGAAAUGCCGAUUUAGGUGGUAGUCAAGGAAAAACUUCGGGUGGAAAUUCAGGAUAUACCGUCACGGAGAUCUCUCAGGAUAAGGAAGCCGAUAAGGAUACCACAUCUGUAGGAAAUUCGGGCUAUAGUUACACCACCACUACCACCAAAACUUCGACCACCGGAAGUGCCGAUUUUGGUGGUAAUCAAGGUUCCUCCUCCGCUGGAAAUUCAGGAUCUGGAUAUGCCGUCCUUGAAGUUUCUGAAGAAAAAAGCGGCGACCAGGGUACCACAUCUGGAGGAGAUUCUGGAUAUAGUUACACCACCACCACAACCAAAACUUCGAACACAGGAAAUGCCGAUUUAGGAGGUAAUCAAGUUUCUUCCUCUGCUGGAAAUUCAGGUUCCGGUCAUGGCUAUUCCGUUUUGGAAAUUUCCGAAGAAAAGGAGACGAAUCAAGGCAGCACAUCUGGAGGGAAUUCCGGCUAUAGUUACACCACCACAACUACAACCAAAACAACAGGAAAUGCAGACUUAGGUGGUAGUCAAGGAUCCACAGCAUCCGGUGGAAACUCCGGCUCAGGUUAUAGCUAUACCACGACACAAACCUCAGGAGGACUGGAUAGCGGCAAAGGAACCUCCACAUCUUUGGGAAAUUCUGAAUACAGCUUUACCACAACUCAGUCUUCUGUAGGCGAUGAAGGUAAUCAGGAUGAUUCUUCAUUGGGUGGCAACUCUGGCUCGGGUUAUAGCUACUCGGGCGGCAAGGAUAAUGGAAAAGUUACCACCUCAGGUGGAAAUUCCGGUUAUAGCUACAGCAAAACUACAACCCAAACUUCCACAACUGGUAAUGGUGGUCUUGCUGGCAAUCAGGGUUCUUCAUCUGGUGCUGGAAAGACGGGUAGUGGCUAUAGCUAUAGCAUAACUCAGAGCUCGGGCAAUAAGGAUGAUGCCAAUAAACAAACUUCCUCAUCACUAGGUGGCAACAGCGGUUAUAGUUAUAGCAAAACUACCACCAGUAAAACCACCUCAUCCGGCAAUAAUGGCCUAGGUGGUGGCCAGGCAGGAAACUCUGGUUCCGGUUACAAAUACUCCACUUCGUCAUAUCAAACCUCAACCCAAGGCGGCAAUGGUGCUGGAGCCAACAACGACAUCAGCAGCAAUGAAGUAGGCGGUUACACCUACACCACAACCACCACCACAACAACCCACAAAAUCUCCUCAGACGGUACUGAGUCGCCAAUUUUAGUGGAACGCAAAGAAACAACCUGUAAAUAUACCUCGGACUCGGCCAAGCCGGAAUGUGACAACAAAGUUAUUAAAUCCUCUGAAGACAAAGUUGUAACAUCUUCCACCCAAAUUCAGAGCAACAAUUUCAAUAAUCAUGGAACGACUAACGGAUAUAGGUAUGUGACCCCCCGAGGAGGCUCUACUACUACCUCGUCCACUCCUCGUCCCCGAGGAUUUGGCUUUAAUCUCUUUGCCAAUGAAAUCAACAAUAAUAUUGUCAGGCCCACUGUCAGUAACCAAUAUUUGCCAGUUUUGUAGAUAG